GCUUCGAGUCCCUAGCCCUUUGGUCUAAUAUUAUUGUGUCCGCGUCUGCCACGGUACCGUCCCUCUCUGCGUCCUCCAUUCAUUCUCGUGCGCCAGCCAAGUUGGGUCUUGUCUUCGAAAGCCGUCAGUGAAGAUUCCGAUAUUCCUUCGACUGAAAAAUGGCUAAGCACAAACCUUCCGGUAUCCGUUGCGCGCGUAAGCUGCGCGUGCACCGCCGCACGCAGCGCUGGGCUCAGAAGUCCUACAACAAGAGCCACUCGGUGACCGCCAUGAAGGCCAACCCGCUUGGUGGUUCGUCCAUGGCCAAGGGCAUCGUUCUUGAGAAGAUCGGCAUUGAGGCCAAGCAGCCUAACUCGGCUAUUCGUAAGUCGUGCCGUGUGCAGCUCAUCAAGAACUCGAAGAAGAUCGCCGCCUUCGUGCCGCGCGAUGGUUGCCUCAACUACGUCGACGAGAACGACGAGGUCCUAAUCUCGGGUUUCGGUCGUCGUGGCCACGCCGUCGGUGAUAUUCCCGGUGUGCGUUUCAAGGUCGUCAAGGUCUCGGGCGUGUCGCUGCUGGCUCUGUACAAGGAGAAGAAGGAGAAGCCGCGUUCGUAGAUUAUGUGCCCGUCGACAGGAGGGAACUUGCCCAUGAUAGCAAAACGCAGCACUGACAAGAGCGAUCUCAUGCUGCUUGCUGACAUCUCUGUUGCUGCUCUCAUGACAGUCCAUUUUUCCUAAUCACGGAUAAGAAGGAAUCGCUUGCCCAGCACGACCACUUUUGAUUUAGCAUUUUGCCAUGGUGGCGUUUUCUUGCCAUAUUCUGAUUAUCUACUCAGAUUUUUA